AGCAUGUCGGCGCUCGAGUGGUACGCCCACAAGUCCCUGGGCGACGGCAUCUUCUGGAUUCAGGAACGCUUCUACGAGUCUGGCAACCGCGCCAACAUCUGGCUGGUGCGGGGCUCCGAGCAGGACGUGGUGAUAGACACCGGCCUGGGGCUGCGCAGCCUCCCCGAGUACCUGUACUCCUCCGGCCUCCUGCGGGACCGCGCGGCCAGAGACGACGCGGCUUGCCGGCCGCUGCUAGCCGUGGCUACCCACGUGCAUUUCGACCACUCGGGUGGCCUCUACCAGUUCGACCGGGUGGCGGUGCACCACGCCGAGGCCGAGGCGCUGGCCCGCGGGGACAACUUCGAGACCGUGACCUGGCUGUCCGACAGCGAGGUGGUGCGGGCGCCGAGCCCCGGCUGGAGGGCCAGACAGUUCCGAGUGCAGGCGGUGCAGCCCACCCUCGUCCUGCAGGACGGGGAUGUGAUCAACCUUGGUGACAGACAGCUCACUGUUAUGCACAUGCCUGGUCAUUCUAGGGGCAGUAUUUGCUUGCAUGACAAAGACCGAAAGAUUCUCUUCAGUGGAGACGUCGUGUAUGAUGGAUCACUGAUUGAUUGGCUCCCAUACAGCAGGAUAAGUGACUAUGUUGGAACCUGUGAACGUCUGAUAGAAUUAGUGGACAGAGGUCUGGUAGAGAAAGUACUUCCUGGGCACUUCAAUACCUUCGGUGCUGAAAGGCUUUUUCGAUUGGCUUCUAACUAUAUUUCAAAAGCUGGGAUAUGCCAUAAAGUCUCUACUUUUGCCAUGCAAUCUCUUGCAAGUUUAGCCCUACGUGUAACAAAUUCUAGGACCUCACCCUAGUAUCUACUUUGAUUAAUUCUAUAAAUUAUUCCAGUUCAUUUUGUGUUGUUUAAACAGUGAGCAUUUUAAGAAGUGCUUUUAUGUUACUGUUAUAUAUUAGAGAAAAAAACGAUUGAGAAUGAAUAAGCCAAAAAAGGAACUUCUUAGUUUUUUUUUCUUUUUUCCAAAUAAGAAACCACUUAAAUGAGCUUAUAAUUUGCCAAAGUUGUAAUUUGCCAUUGUCCUGUGUCAUUUGCCCUAGAAAUGAUAUAGAGGUAUAUGGGGAAGCAAGGAGGCAUUUUGCAGUAAUAGAAUUAUCUCUGUGUCUCAUUUUUUUUAUUUCCUAUAUGACCUAGGAAAAAAGAGCAUAAGAGAGUUUUACAUUUAAACUCCAGACUUGAUAUUUUUAGUAUAUUAUUUCAAAAUAAAGGUUCUUGGGUUUAAGAUAAAAACCCAAAACAUAACAAAUAAGCUAACAGUUAGAAUGACAGCUAGAACAAUCCAUUGUUAUGGUACAGAAUUUUUAUGCUUCAUUUUAUUUGUUCUUAAUGUAAUUAUAAUGUACAUUAUGUGUUGUGUAAUUUUACUUACAAAAAGUACAAUGAAUUUUAUUUUAUUGAAA